AUGCCAUCUAAUAGCCAGACCGGCAUGAAUGGCGGACCUAUCAAGUCUAAAGCAGACAAGCUGAACGAGGAAUUGCAGAAGAAAAAGUACAUAGCCUUAUUUCACGGAGACAACCUUUUAGGCGACCCUGUUGUACCGAAAGGAUUUCUGGCAAGAUUUCGCAAUGCCUUCCAGGAUGUCCGACACAUCUUCCAACCCAACAACACGAAGGCAAUGGGUAGGGUUGUAGACAAGCUAUUGAAAGGCCAAGGUUUGGACAAAAUAGGAGGUGCACAGCUCAUCGGCUCGAUGCCAAAUGACAGCAACGCUCGAGCCGCGCUUACCGCUAAAGAAGUCAAGGAGAAGUACGAGAAGAUGCUUCAUCCACCCUUGACAUACCUAGGCGACGCCUUUCAGUAUCGUACUGCCGAUGGCAAAUUCAAUAGCGCUCUGCACCCUCACCUGGGUCAAGCUGGCGCCCCUUACGCCAAGACUGUGCCCUCAAAGACUCAUCCUUUAGGAGCUCUGCCAGAUCCAGAAGACAUUUUUGAUCGAUUGAUGGCACGCGAAAAGUAUCGACCAAGCCAAUCAGGACUCUCAAGUAUGCUUGUCUACCAUGCGACAAUUAUCAUUCACGACAUUUUCCGAACCAACGAUAAUGACAAAAACAUAUCCGACAGCUCUUCUUACCUGGACCUAUCGCCUCUGUAUGGGUACACCGACAAGAUGCAGCGCCGAGUUAGAGAUGACAAGUACAAGCUUGGUCUACUAAAGCCCGAUACAUUUGCUGAGGACAGGCUGCUUCGACAGCCUCCAGGCGUGUGUAUUAUGCUCGUGAUGUACAACCGCUACCAUAACUAUGCCGCAACUCAGCUCUAUCGCAUCAACGAAAACGGCAGAUUCUCCGUGCCUGCUAAAUUCUCUGGUCCUAAACUUAUAGCUGCAGCAGAAGCUCUUGGUAGCAAGAAUGCCAAAUUCGAGAAGACUUUGACUGCUUACCGUGACAGCUUGAAACUGUACGACGAGAAUGGGCAAAAGCCGACGAAGACAAACGACUACGAGGGUGCAGCCAAAGCUCUUGAAGAUUUGAUUGAUGCCGAUGAAUUGAGAAAGUUCAACAAAGCCUACGAUGCAGCAUGGGAUAAGCUCGACAACGAUCUUUUCAAUACUGCCCGACUUACAGAUCAGAAGAAUGUCACUCGUGGGCUUGGAAAUCAAGUCACAGUCGAGUUCAAUCUGCUCUAUCGGUUCCACUGCGCCAUAUCUGAGGCCGACGAAUUAUAUACCGAGGACUUCAUGAAAGCUAAAUUUGGCAAGCCGGAUUGGGACCCAAAGACGAUGACGCUAGAACAAUAUGUCCAAUUCAUGUCGUAUGCUGCUAAAGAAAAGGCGAAACAGGCGGAAAAUGGGGACGAAUCAGCAACGGACCCAUCGAAGCAAGUGUUCGGCCUUCCAGAGCAAGCUAAUAAGCCUGAUCUGUGUUUCACGCGAAAUAAAAUCACCGGGCUUUUCGACGAUCAAAAGAUGAUCAACCAAUUGCAGAAAUCAAUGCAAGAACCGAUCUGCGAGUCAUGA